AUGACUCAAAUCUUUGGGUUCAGGCCCUAUGGAAGGCAUGUUGAUGCUGUUGGUGACUAUCAUCGAAGAAAGAACCAAGAAAAACUGUCCAAGCUAUUCACUAUCUCUCCAUCCACAAUCAACCAGAAUUGUUCUUUCUCUAAUUAUUUGAGGAAGUUUAGUGCUGAGAAGGACAAGAAUCAGCAACACAUGUUGUUCCUUUUGUACUGGCUGAACAGAUUAGUCUUCCUCAAUCGUUCCUCGGUAGUUCUGCUUGAGUACAGGCACCUGGCAGAAGCCCUGCAUAACCACACUAAGGUCGGGCUUGGGCCUACAGUUCUGGCUCAUUUGUUCAAGAACCUAGACAUUGCCACCCCGGAGAAUUCACUGAACCUAUCUGCUCCUAGUGCAUUUUGGAUGAUCCAGAUCUAG